UGACUCACUUCUCGACAAGUCGAUGACUCCAUAGACUGUUGACCUUGACCAUCCAUUACAUUACGCCCUUACCUGGAACGACCUUAGCUAUGGAAGCCGGUGGUCUCGCCGUUGGCGUUAUCGCGCUCGCGGGACUCUUCAACAACGCCGUGGACUGCUUCGAGUACGUCCAGCUUGGCUACAGCUUCGGUACCAAUUUUCAAACUAGCCUGCUCAAGCUGGAUCAUGCAAGGCUUCGACUUUCACGCUGGGGCCAAGCCGUGGGCCUAAGCGGAGACCUUGCAGAUGCUGAAUCACUGCAAGAAGCAACAGUGCAGAAAGAAGAUAUAGGCAAUGCAGAAAAAGUACUGGGUCAGAUACUAGAUCUGUUCAUGGAAGCCGAGAGGAUCUCUGCAAAAUAUAAGGCCUCCGUCAAAUCGGACGACUCUGCCCUCACUAUCCUCGAUGUGCAGGCAGACAUGAACGAAUUAGGUCGCUCCUUACACGAGAAGAUGCGCAACCUUAGUAUCAAGCGACAGAACAAAACGUUGCUGCGUCAGAAAGUGAAGUGGGCGUUAUAUGAGGAAAAGCACUUUAAGAGGCUCAUUGAGGACAUCGUCGACCUAGUCGCCGCGCUCCCAGAAAUAUUUCCAGCUGUCAAGCAGGAGCAGCAAAAGCUAUGCGAAACCGAAGUCACGGAGAUCCAAAAGUGUGAGGCGGGAAUGGAGUGUCUCUCUGUUCUGCUGGACAUCGUCCGGUCCCGGGACAAGGAUUUGGAGGCUGCUAUAGCUGCAGUUAUGAAAUCCGAUCUAAGCAACCAGGGCGCUGCGUUCAACAACUACAAUAGCAAGAUUGCGAACCAGGCCGCAAGCAUGGCGAUCCAUGGGGGUCAGACUAUCCAUCUUUAAGUCAAGAGCCUAGCCAGCGUUAGCAAGAGCGAUAUAGUUACGGCGAAACAGAGGCAUUACUCCGUGUUGGAGCAGUUAGCUCCUAGAGAGUAGAAGGAUUUUUAUGAAAGAAUCUGAGGCGUAUACGCUUUCUAGAUAUGUGUCAAAACAAAGGCAGCUAGCCUUGAUCAAUAC